CCUAGGCUGCUAGGUAAAGGAUGGCUAGGGCUAUGUAGUAAGCUUGCAUCCCGAUUCCCGAUGUCUGGAGUUGUCGAAAAUAUUGGUACCUGACGCCUGCAAGUUCCUCGCCGCGCAUCUUCAUAUCCAGGUUCCCGUCUUGGCAUUGUAAAAGGUAGCAGGCCGGGUAGGGCUGACAACUUUCCCUUAUUAUGUCCGUAUAUGUAUAACUUAUAAGUCGCCUCGAUAUUACAUAUUAUGCCUUUCCUCCUCUCGCCGCUGCUGUUCGAACGCGCGUCGCCCACGGGAACUUUCAACGGGACACCGCCCGACCGUCUACCGGCUGAAAAUGGGGUGCACAUAUGGCGCGCUGCCGUCAUCAUGCCCUUCUUCACUUUCGGCUUUGUUGCGCUGAGGUUUUAUACCCGGACUUAUCUGCUGAGGGCUAGGAAGUAUACUAUCGAUGAUUAUAUCGUGGCGCUGAGCAUGCUCGUCUGCAUCGCGCACGCUGUGCUCAUGGCUAUCGCGACGUACAAUGGCAUGGGCCUGCACGUGUGGCAGUACGACGAGGAGCUUAACGCGCGGUACUAUCUCUGGAUCGGGAUCACGUCCGAGUUCUACGUCCUCGGGUUGAUGGGCUUUAAGAGCGCGCUCAUCCUGCUGUAUCUCCAGCUGUUCGGCGUGUAUGCUAGGUUCAGGUGGGCGUGCUACGGCACCCUGUUCUUCUGCACGGGAUAUCUGUUAUGCAACCUCACGACCGAGUUCCUCGGCUGCCAUCCUAUUAGAAAGAAGUGGGAGCCGGAUUUGCCGGGACACUGCAUUAAUAGCGUUGCGACGAAUACGUUUUACGGCGCUUGCAGUAUGGUGAGUGACUUGGUCAUCGCUAUCUUGCCCCUUACGAUGAUAUGGAAGUUGCAGGUGGCGUCCAAGCUGCAGAAGGUCGGGCUGAGUCUUGUCCUGAGUAGCGGGUUUGCUGCUUGGACGGUGGCCGUCGCUCGCUGGGGCAUCGUUACGUAUGAUUUGGUCGGAACCGAAGACAGGACGUGGUGGGCCGGCGUCAGCUUCACCUUAAGCAUACUCGAGAUCAACACGGGCCUCAUCUGCGCUUGCGUCGCCACCCUAGGGCCUCUCUGGAAGCUAGCGUACGCGCAGGUUAAAGACUGGACUGGCUGGACCAGCCCCUGCAAUAGCAAGAAGGAAGAAACUUGGCCGUCCUUCGUGCGGAAACCUCCCCACAGCCAGUCUUCCGAAGAAACUAGGAGGCCGAGCGGGGGGGCUACAAUCGGCGGACACGGACUCCCUGCCGGUCGGGCGAGCCGUGUGAUAACGUAUAACGGGUCGACUUUGACCUCUAAUUACGAAGACGAGUAUGGUCUUUUGGACGCUUCGGGCUGGCAUCCCCAUAGUUUGAGAGAGGAGAGGUCUUAUAGGAGUAGGGAAGACGUAUGAGAUGCGUGUGUAUUGAUGUACAUAUUCGUGUUAUCACGUCUUUGUUUUAUUACGGCUGGCGCAUAUUAUACCCCGAGUAGCGAAUGAGAGGAAAAAAAAAAAAAAAAAAACCUGGUUUAGUAUCGACUUCAGCCGUUGGCUUUAUUUUUUUGUUUGAUUUUUAUAUCACUGCUUGGAUAUGACAUGAACUAACUUUAUAUACCUACCCCCUAAGUUUUC